AUGGAGGAGGACCCGGGCGAGCGGACGCCGGCCCUUGGCGGCUCCGGUGGACCUGCCGUAAGGGCCCAUUCCUCUUCACCCAGACGGGUACCCCUAUUCGAGCGAGCCUCAGCGCGCUGGUGGAAUCCACAGUUCCGAUCUCCAUCACUCGAAGCGCAGUAUUGGAAAUGCUCGUUUCCACAGCUUAGGGAUCGCUUCCGCUCCGGCCUUGUCUACAUCUCAUUUGUCUGCUUCGCAUGGACAAUUUAUCUUGCAAUUUUCGAAAAGGCAGGCCUGCAACACUGGCUCACAGCUGCCGCACUGGUCAUGGUGUGUCUGGCAAUGCUCUCUUUUACGCUCUGUUCAUCUCAGUAUCAACGAUUUUACAUGCCAACGUCGUUCCUCUGUACUUUUCUCAUCUGUCUAGUCACUCUCCUGAUAUUCUCGUCUGACUCCAAGUCAGCGUUUAUGACGCCUGUUGCCAGUCUCGCCACUAGUUUUCAGGUAGUACUUCUGAUCUAUACAGUAAUCCCAUUGCCAUUGUAUCUAUGCAUUCUAAUCGGUUUGGUGUAUUCGUGCCUGUUUGAAUUGCUAUCAAGAAAUCGUACAGCCUAUGGAGAUACUUCACACAUUCAAGUUGUGAUGCACAUUGGCGUACAUUUACUCGGUAUCCACCUAUUCAUCCUCACUCAGGUUGGUUCCAAUUUCUGUCCACCGCAGAGACGACCGGAGAUCAUGAUUGAGCCCCGCCUCAUUUUUUACCAUUUUUUUGCUAAUUCUUUUGCUUUCAAAGUUAUCCCUCUUAAGGUAGCUGACGAGCUUCUAAAAGACGCAUCUGAAUUGCGGCGUCCGUCGGCUAGUCUAGAUUCAAACUGUCGUACUUCGAGUGCCACCCAGCAAGGGAACAACGAAGAACAACCUCUAACUCAUCUCAAAUCAGUGCCGGAUGUGAGAAAAUUCCGACCGUUCACGAUGAAUUUGAUGACGGACGUGUCGAUUUUGUUCGCUGACAUUGCUGGCUUCACAAAGAUGUCCUCAAAUAAAUCCGCCGACGAACUAGUGAACUUACUGAACGACCUCUUCGGCAGAUUCGAUUAUCUCUGUCGAGUGGGUGGUCUGGAGAAGAUAAGUACACUCGGCGAUUGUUACUACUGCGUUGCCGGUUGUCCGGAGCCAUGCGCUGAUCAUGCAAUUCGAACAGUGGAAAUGGGACUGAACAUGAUUGUCGCUAUUCGUCAGUUCGACAUCGACCGAGGUCAAUCGGUAAACAUGAGGGUGGGGAUACAUACAGGAAAGGUCAUGUGCGGCAUGGUCGGUACAAAGCGUUUCAAAUUCGACGUGUUUUCGAAUGAUGUGACGUUGGCGAAUGAGAUGGAGUCGACGGGAAUCGCUGGGAGGGUUCAUGUAUCGGAGGCUACUGCAAAGUAUCUCAGAGAGGACUACAUACUGGAAGAUGGACCCGAUUAUGACGGUUAG